AUUAAGAGUGCAGCAUCUUGCCAUGCAUACACAUGUACUCUGCUAAAUGACUCUGGCUGCAGAGAGGAGGCUGGGGGGAGGAAGGGGAGGAAGCGUCGAGAGGAAGGGAGGGCACAUAGAAAGAGAGAGAGAGAGAGAGAGAGAGGGAGAAAAUGGGAGGCAGCAUCACCCACCCAGACCGGGAGGAGGAGGGGAGGACAGACAGCAGCGUCCCUUUUAACAGACAGAGGUGGAAGGGAAAAGUGGGAAUGAGAGGCAGACGUGAAGGGGAGCAGAGGAGCACAAUGAAGGAGUGCCAUUGUCCAUGCUGGCAGCGCUGCCAUUUCACCAUCUGCUGAGAGGAGGAGGAGGAGGAGGAGGCGGCCAAAACGGAGGAGAGAGGGUGGAUGGAGAGGAGCCGCCAGCAGUGACUUUGUGAAUCAAUCGAGCGGAAGAAGAGGAAGAGCGGAUCGGAGGCGCGAGCACGUUUUUCGGGGAGUGGACGGACGGGAAGCCGGAGAGAGAGAGGAAGGAGAGGAUCUGUUUAAACAUUAAUGUGGUUCUCAUGUGAACAUGGAACCCGGCUUCACAUGACUCGCCAUGGAUUAUCAACUGCAUGCUCUGUAAACCAAAAAAAGGAACUACUUUACAUUGCCAUUCAUUAAAAGAAAAAAACAAGAACACUUAGGGAAAUUAGAUUAGACUCACUUUCUACAAUGACUUUGUUUUGUUUUUUGUGUAAAUGUUUCUGAUUUUCUAUCCUCUAGGAUCAUUAUUAUAUUAUCGUUAGCUGCUGCACUCGAUAUUCAGGUUGUUUUUAUGCAAGUUUUUCUACACAUCACUCGUCCUUUUAGGUGUAAAUGUGUAGCCGUUUGUACGUAGAAAGUGAUUGUUGUUCUUAAAAAAAAAAAAAAAAUCCCAUCCGAAGAGGAGUCGGUGCAUGCAGCCGAUGUGGGAUGUCAACAUUGAUUGGGUUUUUAUGGCUGGCGUGGUGCCGGUUGAAACUUUGAUCAUUUCCUGAACUGUAUUGAUCUUUCUAGGAGUCUGUAGUUUUUCCUGUUUGAAAAAAGAAAAAGAGAGAAAAAAAGAAAAACGCUCUAAUGUGGAGCCUUUGAUGCAGCAACUAAUUGCCUGCCAUGUGAUUUGCAGUUAUCUCUUCUUCUCGUGAAGGUUUUUUUCUGCUGCUGUCGGGACUUCUCAGUGUAUAUAUCCACCGCAGGCAUCUCUUUUUAAUGUCUGUUGCCAUAGCAACGGGCGGCAGCGGCAGACGGAAGAAGAUGUAAAGUUCUUUAUCCUUGUCUUAUCUUUUAAAACAAAACUGGUGCUGUUCCAUUGGGUAACUGUAUAUAUUCAAUGGAGGAGACUUGUUUAGUCCAGUGCAGUUUUUAGCUCUCAGACAGGGUUUGUGGUGUGUUUUUUUUGUGUUGUUUCUUUUUUUUGUCUUUGCCAGACGGGGCUUUGUCUCAGCGGAGCUUGCCAGACUCCGUGAAUCAGGGUUGUUUCAGGUCACCUGUCUCCCCUCUCCCCGAUCUGAGGGUUUGUCUGAAUCAGGUUGUUUCAGGUCCGCCCAACUCCCCCCUCCCCACCACCCUUCCCCACCUUCCCCCCGCCGCCGAGUCGGCUCAGCCCGGCUUGUCCUGAAAUCACCUUUACCGGUGACCGUUUUCCAUCAGUCAGGGCUGAUGUGCCAUCACCAGGAAGGACUGGAUAAAUCAGAUUACUUGUACAUAUCAGUGUGUGCAGCUGCUGGGCCUCCCUACGGCCACUAAUCACCAAUCAUUAUCUGUGGCAGUCUCUUCUUGUUACUGUUUUGUCUGUAGGUGACUCAGGAUUUCUCUUCUUGUAGAGGUUUGUCUGCUCUGCAGUCACCUGACCUACACUGUGUUCUGUGCACUGAAACAUCCUGGGCAGGGUUAACUCAGCAGCCCGUUGUUUUCACCUGGUCCAUUGGUGUUGGAUCGUUUAAUCCUCUUGUCUAUUAAAUAGGGACUGUUCUGUUUAUUCCGCAUGCUCGGGCGUGUUUCGUGACUUUUCCCAGCCAUACUUCUUUACAGCUUUCUGGAGAUUGUCCCAGCCUGUCUGGCGGCUCGUGAGUAUGACUGGAUCCUCCAUGGUGCUUUUUGGCCAACACCAGAUGGAUGACUAGCUAGAGUUGCUAGACAAUCCCUCCGUGGUGCUAGACUGGUGUGGGCGACUGUUCCUUUUGCCAUGCGUCUGGCGCCCACUGCAAGCUCCCGCGCUGUACUUUGGGCACAGUUAGAAAAGUCGAAACCAACCCCUUUUACGCUCGGCAUUACGGAAACAUUGGUGCCAAAUUUACAACCCGAGGUGCGUGCGAACCUUGUUCUCCUCUGAGGGAGUAAAGGUCGACGGAUUGUAAAUAUGACGAGUGCCUCGGCAGCACUAAGGUGUCGGAUCGUGUAGCGUCGCCUCCUACUGAGGUGCUUUAUUUGCGGGACUUUGCGAGAGACUGUUAAUGUAAACAGACUGUUGUUUGCCUUCUAGGUUGGACUAUGCAGAAUAUGAGUUGUUGUGUGGCGUCUGAGAACUGAGAGCUAACCUGCUGCCUUAGAUAAGGAAGAGAGCUGUCCUGGAAUAAAAACACGUGGCUUGUUCAUAUCAUAUGUCAACACUCUUCUCUCAGGUAUUAUCUGGGCUUGUUAUUUGAACCGGGCGGUAAUAAAGUCACGGGGCGAGAGCGCAGAGAAAUUGGCAUGUUUUGAAACUGAGCAUUUUCCAGCUGGGUCAGUGAGUUCGUGCUGAAGUUCCUCCGGCGCCAUUCAGGGAACCCUGGGUUGGGAAGUUCAAACCUGACCAAUCAGGUCUCAUUACCAUCACAACAAACCCACCGGUAGUCGUCAUCAGCCAAUGACCUACAUUCUCCAGUGUUACAUCACCGCCGUGCUACUGCAGUGUGUGUCACUGUACCAGACACAGACAGCAUCUCAACCUACCGCUAUCUAAUGGUGCUCCAGAAACACAAAAAACAUCUUAACCGAGGUGGCCAAUCUUUAGGAAACACACUUGAACCAAGGCACUUGUUUCAGCCAUAUCAGGAACCUCAGUCAGGAAAGGGCCCAACUCUGCCAGCCCAGUCUUAACUUUUUCUUUUCUUUUCUGAUUUCUAUCGGUGUCUACGGUGACCAUGCCGAGCCUCUAGCCGUCUUAGAAGGGGUUCGGAGAGGCGGUAGUGGACAGGGAUCACCACUUAUAUACUAGACAGAGGGACUGUUAAACAGGACAGCCUGGAGAACGGGCGAGCAGACGAGGGAGGGGAGGAGGGGGAGAUCAUCUGGAAGAGGAGAGAGGAAGUGGUGGCGAGGGAGAGGGCGGAGGCGCUGGAGAGGCAGAGGUUGGCCGAGUACAUUGUGUGGAGGAAGAGGGAGGACUUCCAGGAUAAGCGAGGAGACAGGGAGAAGGGAGGCAAGAGCGCAGGGAAAGAGAAGGAGGCAGCGCCCGAGGUGAUCUGGAAGAGGAGGGAAGACGAGGAGGGUAGGGAGAGAGCCAGGGCCAUACAGAGAGGGCAUGAAAACAUUUGGAGGAAGAGGGAGAGAGAGUAGAGAAAGGGGAAAGUAGCUGCUAGCAAGAGCUGGAGACUCGCCAUACAUCCUCCUCUCUCUUCUUUUAGCAGCUUCAUUCAGCUCUGCAGGUGCGCACCGUGUUAGUAUCGACCAGUUGAGGCUGUGUGUUGGCGCUCACGGUCCCCCCCUCUUCUUUUUUUGCAAUCCCCUCGUUGGCUGCUAAUAGGAUUUUUAUGGGCCCGUGUCAAGCAGGAUAGAGCUGCUUCACACGUGCGCAGAGAUAAUCAAAGAGGCAUUGUGGGCAGGGAAGGUUUUUGCACUGCAUGUAGACACAUCACACCCCUCGGUGCAGUAAGACACGCAAACUGAGGGGGCGAUCGGAAAGACAAUCGCUUGUGUUGAUUCUCCAUGGUGCUGGCGACAGCUGAGUAGCUGGUCCUCACUCAGAGGCUAUUAAGCUGGGACAAGAUACUCACAGAUAUUGUCUUACAUUGUGGCAAAACACCAAGACGAACUCUCUGCGGAGCGCCGUCUUCAUCAGUCCCUGGGAACUCGCUGAAGCAGAUUCAGAAGUGAACUGAUGACAACAUGAGCUGCGCUGCUGCACUAAAAACUUUCUUCAGCUGCGUUCUACCACUAACUGGGACACCCCACUUUUCCUGCGCGCCUUUCCUCAUCCUGCUUUCAUCGUGGAUAAAGCCGUUUUUGAAGCAGCUCGGUUUUGGCUGCGUGGUAAUGAGUGGAGGACUGACAACCAGACAGAUGGAUGCAGCUCUCAGACGGAGCAAGACAGACAGAUGGCUGUGUGUCCUUUCACAGAGAAACUUUGAAUAGUCAGACAAAGAGACUUUGAUUGAAUCACUAGAGCCUGUGUGGACUUGUGCGGAUAUAAAAACUGACACUGCAGAUUCAUUAUGGAACUCGUUCCGAAAACCAAGUACACCCACUUUCGGAGUGAAUCGCUGAGCUCGACUGAUGAAACAAACUCCAAUCCGUCUUCGUUCCCUCCGUCCAGUCCCGCCACCCCUCUCACUCCCUCCCCGGGUUUACCUUCCUCCCUCUCCUCCUCGUCUCUCACUCCCAUCUUGCCCCCCUCGUCUCCCCGCCCCGCUGAGAACAGCCCCACCACCCUCUGCUCCUUCUUCCCCAGAAUGGGAUCCCUUCGCCUGGGUGUCUCCGCUACUCUACUCCCAGGACUGAAGGCCUCGAGCAGGUCUCAGCAGCAGCAGCAGCAGCCUCCUCAGGCGCCUGUCGAGUCCUCCGGGGAUGACAGGAGCAGCUCCAGCUCCUCCCCUCCUCUCCAUCUCCCUGUUCCCCUUCUAACUGCCCCUUCUCCUCCUCCCCGACCUCCUCUGCAGGACAUGAACCGGCUGGGAGGGGCGUCCAGGAGGGCACGGGUGGAAGGAGGGCAGCUGGGAGGAGACGAGUGGACGCGCCAUGGCUCCUUUGUCAACAAACCCACCCGUGGCUGGCUGCACUCCGACAAUGUGGUCAGCACCACCGGGGUUCCCUACACUGUGCGGUACAUGGGGUGCGUGGAGGUGCUGCAGUCGAUGCGAGCGCUGGACUUCAACACCAGAACUCAGGUCACCAGGGAAGCGAUCUCUGUGGUUUGCGAGGCGGUACCCGGAGCCAAAGGAGCCCAACGCAGGAGAAAGCCUUCCUCUCGCUGUCUGACGUCCAUCCUGGGAAAGAGCAACUUGCAGUUUGCGGGCAUGACAAUCAGCCUCACCAUCUCGACCAGCAGCCUCAACCUGCUGGCCUCCGACUGCAAACAGAUAAUCGCCAAUCAUCACAUGCAGUCCAUCUCCUUCGCCUCUGGAGGAGACCCAGAUACGGCUGAGUACGUAGCAUAUGUGGCCAAAGAUCCAGUCAACCAGAGAGCGUGUCACAUCUUAGAGUGCUCCGAGGGUUUAGCCCAGGAGGUCAUCAGCACCAUCGGCCAGGCCUUCGAGCUGCGCUUCAAGCAGUACCUGAAGAACCCCCCCAAACUGGUCACGCCUCACGACAGGAUGGCUCCGUUCGACGGCUCGGCCUGGGAGGAGGAAGACGACGAGGCGGCUCCACCUCCAGAGGUCCCCUACUACAACAACUUCCCUGGAAAACAGCCUCCCCCUGGUGGACUCGUCGACAUGAGGACCCGCCCAGGGGCCACGCUGCCGUAUGGACAGCCGGGUCAGAAUGACAUUCACAAGCAGCCUCUGCCUCCUCUACCAGUGGGCGCCAAAGAAGGAGCUCGGGAGAUGUUCGACGAUCCUUCGUACGUCAACGUGGACAAACCUCGACCUCCAGCUGCAGCAAACGGAAACGCUCACAGAGACGCUUUUGAUAUGAAGCCGCUGGACGACGCUCUGGGGGUGUCGGGACACGGCGGUCCGGGUUCGGUGACGCCCUCCCUGGUGCAGCAGCUGCAGUGUGAGACCUGGUUCCACGGCAGCCUGAGCCGCAGGGAAGCGGAGCGGCUGCUGACCCGAGACGGAGACUUCCUGGUUCGAGAGUCCGGGACGACGCCCGGACAGUACGUCCUGACGGGGCAGCAGGGAGGGCAGCCCAAACACCUGCUGCUGGUCGACCCAGAGGGGGUGGUUCGUACAAAAGACCAUCGGUUCGGGAGCGUUAGCCACCUGAUCAGCUACCACAUGGACAACCGGCUUCCCAUCGUGUCGGCCGGCAGCGAAGUGUGUUUGCAGCAGCCGGUGGAGCGCAGGGCUUGAGGCGACACACACCAAUGAAAUGCUCCACCAAAAAUACACACGAGCAAACACACACAUGCACACAAAGCAAACAAACAAACAAAAGCCAAAAAACUGAAAAAACAAAUCGAACCGGUUUCUCUGCACUUGCUGCUGUCGCCACAUUUCCCCGUCGUUCCUCCAAAGCAGGAGCUGCAGGCGCCAAACCAUCCCACCGCUGCAGCUCCUCAGCCUACUGUGAAGCAGGGAGGAGCUUUCACAAACAAAAUGCAAGUUUUUUUUUUUUAACAGGAAGAAAAAAUUAACAAGCAAAGAUUUAAAAAAAACAAACAGGAGGAAUCAAAAAUUGUGGACGAAUGGAGCGUCGGACGGAUGAAUCUUCCCUCCUCGGACUGUUGCUGGAGCGUUUUUACGGCGAAAGACUGAAUAUAUGAACUCACCGGAGCACUUCUGCAGCAAAACUUGACUCUGAGAUGAUUCUGGCUGGUGCAUAUGCAUUAAAAACAAAAAAAAAAGAAGCUUCCAAACGAAUCAGGAGCGCCACCCCGACACCCGCCAAACACUCCCCUUUAAAGGACUUUUGGAGGUAAAGCCUGUAUGCAAAACUGGGACUGCUAUGCCAAUGACCAUCACACGUUAUUUGUCUGAUUACAGGAGGAUCAGAAUGGCUGGAUCUCCCACCCCGACCCCCUUCUUUGUAAACUUCUCCUUUCAGCGCCGCCUGUCACGCCAAAGAACACGAACUCGGUCGCUAACGGCAGGAAAGGAAAGCCAUUCAUGUGUGCUCACGGCAUCGGGAGCGAACAGAGGAAAUGUUUUCGGAUGAUUGUGCCUCAUCUAAAAACAAAGGAGAUUUUAAGUACACUGAUGUCACCUACAAACACAGAACAUCUUCAGAAGCGUCGAUCCUUUGGACCUGCUGCUUUAACAACUUAGUAUGUGUUUGCAUUGACAAUCUAUGGGUUCUAUCUUUUUCCGCAGACCGAAAGCGAAAAGAUUAUUUCUGUGAAAAUCAAUCGGUUUCUCCCACCGGAGCUCCUCAGAAUCAGCUGAUUUUUCUAUGUGCAAAAACUUCAGGAUAUUUAUUGAAUCCGUGCAGAAUUUUAUCUUCAAACUGUGGAUGUUUUCAGAGUUACAGGAGCUUGAAGUAUGUAAGUCUGCGUGUUUUAAUUUGCGUUACUUUUUCCAUCAUUUCUGAGCCUCCUAGCUUCACGAUUACAGCAGAAAAAUAUGAAAUUUUCAGGGCUGAAAAACACAUUUGAGCUCUUUUAAUAACCGCAACUAAAUAAGUUACAUCUAUUUCAGGUGUCACGAUCUAAAGACUAGAUCUCGUCUUUGAUUAGCCUGAUUUUUUUUCCCCCUAUAGCAAACUACAAGCAUCAAUAUAAAGGCAUGUAUUAGUUUCAGCAGCAAAACUGCACCAGUUUAAUGUCUAUGACCUAAAAUAAUUAUUAUUUUAUGGUUAUUUCUGGCAUUUUUUGGAAUAAAAGAAGCGAUUUUGGACACUUCUGUGUUGCUUUUGGUUGAAUUUUAACAUAUUUAGGGUAAAUCUGAGUACUUUCUGACCAGUUUUGUCAUUUUAACAGUUGCUUAAUUGUGACAUUCUCGUUGUUUUGAGUCCUUUUGUGACAAAUUGAGCCGUUUUGAAUCAUUUUAUGUAAUUGUGGAUCUGAUUGAAGUGUUCUGCACAAUUUUGUUGUCAUUUUGGGAAGGUUUCAGUGUAAAGUUGGAGAUAUUUUUGACCAUUUUCGGCUCAUUUUGCAAGUUUUGUCUUUUUAAUAAUGAAUUCGUUUUGACAUUUUGGUUGUUUUGAGUGUUUUUGUGACAAAUUGAGCUAUUUUUAACCAUUUUAUUGUAAUCCUGAACAUUUAUUUUUCCAUUUUAGAUCAGAUUAAGGGACAAUUUUGUCUUUUUGGAAAGCUUUCAAGGCCAUUUACAUGAAGAUAUUUUUUGACCGUUGUGGGCUCAUUUUUUGGUCGUUUUCAACAAACAGAACAGACAACACAUCCAGGGUACCAGUACUUGUUUGCAUAAGUCUGUUUUAGACCUCAAACUGUUGCUGUGUUGCUGAAACUAUGAUAUAUUCUAAUGUUGAUGUCAAAAGUUGGUAAUAGAGAAAAUUGUGCACCAAAAUGUGACUUUGUGUUUAGAUUGUGACACCUGGAGCGGAUGUAAAAUUGAUUUGUUUGCAGGUUUUUAACAGAGCUCAAAUGUGUUUUUCAGCCCUGAAAAUGUCAUGUUUCUAUCUGCUUUACUGAUGAAGGUAAGAGGCUCAGAAAAGAUGGAAAAAGUUCAUAAAAAGUGAUAAAUUUGGACUCGUAACUCUGAGAAUAUUCACAGUGUGAAGGUAAAACUUUGCACGGCUUUAGUAAAUCUACUGAAGUUACUGUAGAUAAAGAAUUAUUUAUUUCUGAGGAGGUCAGGUGGGAUUUAUUCUCAGAUUUGGUUGAUUUUAAACGGAUUAAACCCCUUUUUAAAUGACGGACGAUGAGAAGAUUUGAAAGGUUUGAAAGCAGUGAAUUUCCCUCUGCAAAAAAUAAUGCAAACUCUGUCAUAGUAACUGGUGAUUUCUGUGUAUCGUGAUGGGUUUUUUUUGUUGCUCUGAAUCACUUGAGGGAAUCGAUCUCUUUUGUAUGAAGCGAAGCGGCUCGGGUGUAGACGACCGUAAGAGACGAGAUGUUGCCCCUCGAUGUGCCGUUUGUGUCGUUUUAAUUCUUUCUCCGCAAACUCUGGAGGGGGAAAACCUGGAGGGAGACGUCGGCGCUCUCCCUCGGCUCAUGGUGUUGUUUUUUAUAUAUCUUUUUAAUCGUGCCUUGUUUCCUUCAAUGCAGUCACGUCACUUCAAUGCAGUCACCUUAUGUACUUAAUUCUACAGGAAGAAAAACCAACAACCAACACAGGUCUCUCUCUCUCAGUUCUAACAAAGACUCUGCAAAAACGACACUCGGACAGAAACACACACACACAGAUCCAGUGAUGGCAAUCUGCUCUGAUGCACAUUCUUGCAUUCAGCUUCUAGUCACAGAUACUUGAUGUCACCGUCGGGGAAGGGGUGAGGGUAUUUCCUGAUCAUCUGUAAAUAACAUCCGAUUUCUUUUUUUUGUAUUAUUUGGAGCUUGAUUCUUUUCCUUUUCUGUGUAUUUAAUGACUUAUUUGAUGGGUAACACAGAGUCAGACGCCACGGCUAGCGACGGUAACGCCAGCUGAAACACACACACACACACAAAAAACCAAAUCUGAGAAGGGAUCCGACAGCCUGAACCUUAACCGCCAUCGAGCGUGAAAUCAGACACACACAUACCAGAGCUGGGUCGCGCUGUUCACGCGUUUGUAGGUCACAUAGGGAAACCGUGUGCUGGAACAAACCCCGUGUUUUAUCAGUGAACUGGUCCUGUGUUAUCGUUGUUCAUCACAGUUGCCUUUUGUUGCAUGAGAAUCCUUCGAAAAACAAACGGAAGAAAAAAACAAAACAAAAAUCUGUGUUGUUUGUUGUUGGUGAUGGUGAUAGUUGUUGAUCGAUGCUGUUGUACUUUUUAAUUCUUCUCUUUUUGUUGUUGAAAGCCAAAGGUUACUUUCGAAUAGCGUGCACAGAUUAUUGAUUUUUACUUUAUAUGUUUCUGUUUUAAUACUUUUUGUUGUUGAUGAUGUUGUUGUUGUUUUUUUUUUGUUUGUUUUUAGGGAAACACGUCUGUUUACACCUGUAUCUGAAAAUAUAGAUUGCAUAUAUAAAUACAUAUAUCAUUCA